AUGACCGCCAGCAAAGCUGAUAAACUUAGGAAACACUGGGAGUUUGCUGCAGGCGAACGUGUCAUGUUGAAAGUCUCACCCUGGGAGGGUGCAGUGCGCUUUGGGAAGCACGACAAGCUUAAUUCACGUUAUGAUUGGGCCAUUCAAAUUCUAGAGAGAAUCGGUAAGGUGGCUUACAAACUUGAGUUAUCCGAUGAAUUGGGUAACACUUAUGAUGUUUUUCAUAUCACUAACCUAAAGAAGUGUUUGACCGGUGAAACACUUGUAGUACCGUUACAACAACUGAAAAUCGAUGAUAAGAUUCAGAUUGUUGAAAGAACCUAUUGA